AUGAACAGGGCUGUUCCUACCGACGCGGUCACUACCUCCAACACCGACUACGGCUGUUGGUAUAAGAUCCAGACUGGCGACACCUCUGAUUCCAUGUGUGCCAAGUUUGGAAUUUCGCCAUAUGAUUUCGACUUCUUGAAUCCACAGGCCGCGUGCGUCCAGCCCGUUGGCAACAUUAACACCUACACGAGCUACGUCGCCAACAGUAGCACCACUUUCACUUCCCUCGGAAGUACCAUAAACAUCAACGCCACCCAGACGGUCAAUCACACCACUACCCACUUAUUCUGGUCUUUUCCCUCCGAUCCAACCACCAGCUCUACCUGGACAGUCAACGACACGUUUUGGUCUUCUCUCCAGCUAUAG